UAUCACGUGUUUGUUUUUGUUGUUUGUUUUGAGUCGUUCGUGAGUUAUAGCUUCGAGAAGCUAUAGAUUAUAGCAUGGAGAAAAAUAAAGAGAAAAUACCACAUAUUUUACAGUACUACUACGAUAAAGGCAAAAAUGCAAUUCAUGCUGCCAAUAAAAUUUGUGCAGUUUAUGGACCCGAUACAGUUUCCAUUUCCACCGCACGACGAUGGUUUCAAAGUUUGCGUUCUGGUGCAGAGGUGGUCGAAGAUGAGCCACCGUCCGGAAGGCCUGUCGUCAAAAAUUGCGAUAAAUUAGCUGAAUUGAUCAAAAGAGAUAGGCAUAGUAGCAUCGGCCAAGAUCUGGGCAUGAGUCAUCAAACCGUUAUAAACCAUUUGAAGAAACUUGGAUUCACAAAAAAGUUCGAUGUAUGGGUGCCACACGACUUGACUUAUAUGUUUGUUGGUCGAAGAGGAUGCCCGAGCCGAGUCCAUUGCGACAACGCGACGAAUUUCGUCGGAGCAAGUCGCCAUCUGGAGGAGCUAAGGAGACGAGUCGAGGCCGAGGAGAACGCAGUUCGCGACUUCGCAUUAAGAAGCGGAUGCGAAUUUGCGUUCAUACCGCCGAGGGCUCCUCACUUCGGAGGGCUAUGGGAGGCAGGUGUGAAGUCUGCAAAGCACCUACUCCUACGGACGGUGGGCAACGCCCUGCUCACGGCCGAGGAGCUGCAGACAGUGGUCGUGGCGGUCGAGGCGGUGCUCAACUCCCGCCCGCUAGGAGCCGUAAGCAACGACCCCAACGACGGCGAGGCACUAACCCCAGGGCAUCUACUGGUGGCACCGGCAGCAUCGCGGACCCCGGACCAGGAGGGUCUGAGUUGCUUAAGGCGAUGGCGAGCUGUCUCGUCGCUCAAGCGAGCGUUUUGGCAGCGAUGGUCCCGGGAGUAUGUGCUGGGCCUGCAGGCACGGGCCAAGUGGGACCGGUUGCAGCCAAAUCUGCGAAUCGGAGAGCUCGUCGUCGUCGCAGAGGACAAUCAUCCGCCGAUGCAGUGGAUGGUGGGGCGAGUCGUGGCGGUAUACCCAGGAGCGGACGGGGCGGUGCGCGUCGCAGACGUGCGAACCAGCACAGGAGGGCUGUUUAAACGGCCAAUACACAAAUUGGCGCCUCUGCCAAUCGUAUGAAGGCUCAGCCGUUCAUCGGGGCCGGUGUUGGCGCAUUUGAUAGUUAUUAAUUAAGAGCAUGAAGUACCAAUGGAAUUGUUAGAAUUAGGGCGAAGUGAGAGCGCAAUAAAGCUUUCGUUUGUUGCUCUCUGAGCGAAUUCGCCUCGCUUCGCCACUCUAGUUAAGUUAGGCUUAAUGUAACUUAGCAUAGAAUUAUAAACACAGUUGAAAUUGAGAACUUAUCAGCGCGUCAUCAUUUACUCCGUUUUCGUUUUCA